AUGCGCAUGCGCGGAGCGGGUAACGGAGCUGUCCGCGUCUGGUAGUGCUGCUCUGAUUUCAUUGAACGGCUGCGCGUGUGAGUGGGUUUAUGGACGCGAUGGAAGAAGAACUUAAAUGCCCGGUUUGCGGUUCUCUCUUUAAGGAGCCCAUUAUUUUACCGUGUUCUCAUAAUGUCUGCCUGGCGUGUGCCCGGAAUAUCAUCGUGCAGACCCCGGAGGGAGAGACCCCUCCGCAGAACCGAAGCUCCGGAACCUCGGACUAUGAUUAUCUGGAUAUGGACAAGAUGAGCAUGUACAGCGAGACGGACAGCGGCUACGGCUCAUACACGCCGUGCCUGAAGUCUCCCAACGGAGUGCGAGUGUUCCCGCCGGCACUGGUCCACCGCCACUGCUCCAUCACCUGCCCGCUGUGCCACCGCAGCGUAUCCCUGGACGAGCGGGGGCUCCGGGGAUUCCCUCGAAACCGACUGCUGGAGGCGAUCGUGUCCCGCUACCAGCAGAGCCGCGCCGCCUCUGUCAAAUGCCAGCUGUGCGACCGCAAUCCGGUGGACGCCACGGUGAUGUGCGAGCAGUGCGAUGUGUUCUACUGUGCUCCGUGCCAGCAGCGCUGCCACCCUUCCCGCGGACCGCUGGCCAAGCACCGGCUGCUGCCGCCGACUCAGGCACAGGCGGGGAUCGCGCAACCGACCGGAGCCUCCGCGCGUAAACAGGCGACUUGCGUGGAUCACGAAUCGGAGAACUACAACAUGUACUGCGUCAGCUGCAAGACCCCUGUAUGCUACCAGUGCCUGGAGGAGGGAAAACACGGCAAACAUGACGUGAAGCCCCUGCCUGCCAUGUGGAAACAACACAAGUGUCAGCUGUCCCAGGCGUUAAAUGGAGUGUCUGAUAAAGCCAAGGAGGCCAAGGAGUUCCUGGUGCAACUGAAAAACUUGCUUCAGCAGAUACAGGAGAACGGGGUUGAGUUUGAGGCAUGUCUGGUCGCUCAGUGUGACUCUCUGAUUGAAGCGCUCACUCGGCAGAAGGCCAAACUGCUCACCAAGGUCACAAAGGAGAAAGAAAGCAAACUGAAGACUGUAAAGGAUCAGAUAACUCACUGCACCAUGAAGCUCCGACAGACCACAGGAAUGAUGGAAUUCUGUCUGGAGGUUAUUAAAGAGAACGAUCCCAGUGGAUUCCUACAGAUCUCAGAUGCAUUGAUAAAGCGUGUUCAGGCCUCUCAGGACCAGUGGGUAAAAGGUGCGUUGGAGCCAAAGGUCUGCCCAGAAUUUGCCUUGACAGUCAACACAGACCCUCUGAUGCAGUCAAUUCUCCAGCUGGACUUCACCCAGAAUAAAGAUGGUCAGGAGGCUGCAUCAUUGAAACAAAUGCAUGCAAGUGACCAGAAAGAGGAGGAGAACACAGGAGCAGAGAGCCCCACAGUGCCUCCCGCACCACUGUUACAGUUGGAAAAAUGCUGCAUGCGGAACAACAGCGCCACUCUGGCCUGGAGGAUAACUACAGUCCAAGCCCUGCCUGUAGAGGGUUACGUGCUGGAGCUGGAUGACGGGAAUGGCGGGCCUUACCGGGAGGUAUAUGUGGGUAAAGAGACCGUCUGUACAGUUGACGGCCUUCAUUUUAACAGUUCGUACAACGCUCGAGUCAAAGCGUACAACUCUGCUGGAGUGGGAGCGUACAGCAAGGUUGUUGUUCUGAAGACAUCUGAUGUGGCGUGGUUUACCUUUGACCCUACGUCAGCUCACAGAGACAUUGUCCUGUCCAACGAAAACCAGACUGUGACUUGUAACAGUUACGAUGAUCGCGUAGUGCUCGGGACAGCUGCCUUCUCCAAGGGUGUGCAUUACUGGGAACUUAGCGUGGAUCGCUAUGAUAACCACCCCGAUCCUGCAUUCGGUGUGGCACGGAUUAAUACAAUGAAGGACAUGAUGCUUGGGAAGGAUGAUAAGGCCUGGGCUAUGUAUGUGGACAACAAUCGCUCCUGGUUCAUGCACAACAACUCCCACACCAACAGGGCUGAGGGUGGCAUCACGAAAGGUUCGACUGUGGGGAUCCUGUUAGACCUAACAAAACAUACACUGACCUUCUUCAUCAAUAAACAGCAGCAUGGACCAGUGGCUUUCGAGAACCUGGAGGGUGUGUUCAUGCCCGCCGUCAGCCUCAACCGCAACGUCCAGGUGACUCUGAUCACAGGUCUGGAAGUCCCAAAGAGCAUCAUGUGAUCAUCUUUGACCAAUGACAACGAGCCAGAUCUUUCUUAUCAAACAAGUCAGUGCUCUUAUACUGCACUGAUAUAUAAAGCUGAUAAAACUUUGGGGGGAAAAAAUAUGUUUUGGAAUAUUUGAUCUAGUUAAUAUUUUUCCCUUAUGGUCAUCUGGGUGAUUUGCAUUUCAGUGUUUACAAAUCAUUCCCAUGUUUACAGAAAAACAAACCACUGGAUGUCCCCAUUGGGGCCGAAGCUGGAGUCGAACCCAAAGCACUUUGAAGUAGAGUUCAGCCUCUUUUUCAUACCUCCAAUGAAAAUUUAGCACCGUUCAAAAAAUGUAAUUUGAUUUAAAAAAUCAACAUAUCAAGCAUUUGAUAUGUUAGCAAUGGAAUAGAGCAACCGAUAGUAAUCAAACAACUGUGAGCCUAAAAGUGAAUUUAAAAUCAUUUCAGGUUAUUUAACACGCUACACGAAUCUCAGGUUUACUCACCUUUAAUCUGCUGUGUGAUCACAGCACACACUUCAAAAGGCCUCAACAAAUUCAUCACUCAGACCAGAAAUCUGGGUCGCUGGGAUUAAAAAAGUCCCAGUCAAGCCAAAGGCCCUGCGUCAGAGAAUGAAGUUUACAAUCUCUGUAGUUCAACAAAUUCCAAUCCUAAUAUUUGAUUCAGAACUUUCUUGUAUAAUAUGAAAUAGAUACUACUUGUAUGGAGGAUAGAGUGAUUUGGGUGGUUUUUAGGGCGUUGCUAUGCAGUUGCUGUGUGUUCUGAAUGGCUUAAGCCGGUUGUUGUAAAGGUUCUAAUGUGUUCUGGGUGGUUGCUAGGAGGUUACUUACAGUUUUCAACUUGUGGACUACAGAAAAAGGAUAAAAAGUAAGCAUAUAUAGCACACUUCUGCUAAAUUACCUGCACAAUUUUGAGGUAUCAUUCAUGAUUGUAGCACAAACUGCGGGAUGAGUUAUGUGCUUAUCGUAUGCACAGUUGUGAUGCUUGUCUUAGCAAACAGCACUAAACACAUACACACACACAAAGUUCUGGUUUACAGAAAUGAAUACCUGCCAUUAUAGAUAGAUUGUUCCCUCACCACCAAGUAGAUUUGGUCUUGGUGCUGUAUAUGAGCCACAGUUGUGAAUAUUUAGCCAGAAUCUCAACUCUCCUUACACUGUGACAGACAUAUUCCUCGAGUUUUGAAGAUGAAGUGUGUAAUUUUUCUCCUAUUCCAGCUUAAUAAGCAGAGGCAAUUGUAAGUAAGCCAUUUUAGGUUGAUUUCAGAGAAAAGUGUAAACACUGUGCCUCUGUGGUGCUUUCAAAACAUUGCUCAAUUUGUUUGAUCUACCCCUGGCAACAACGACUCAACGACUGAGAGUUUGGGGCGGGCUAUCUGUAUUUUCGACCAACAACAGAAAGAGUGUUUGAGAAACCCUUUUAAAAACAGUCACUAUUUUUGUAAAUUCUUUUAGUGACACUAGUUGACCUGGAAAUUACACACUUUGACUUUAAGUAAAUGACAGAUUCAAGCUUCAUACACCUCAUAACAAGUAAAUGAGCAAUUCAUGGAUCAAUUUAUUAGUAUUAUUUCCACGCCACGCCCUUCAAUGGUUUCUGUGCUUUUUUUUAGACAAUGCCAGAAUAGCAAGUCAUACAAUGUAGUCGGGUGAGAUGAUUGCAAUUGCAUGUUUUAUAAGCUGUAAAUAUGGUCAAAGCAGUGAGGCGUGCAUGAGUUACAUAUUCAUUAUAUUGAAUUUGUGUUACAAAUGAUGACACCGAUAAAACAGGAAUAGGGCCUACAGUAUGGAGAGUUGCAGUCUGCCCCCUAGUGUUUGUUGUGUGGAAUUAUUUUCUGACAAUGUAGCUUUGAGGUAAACCCCCAAGAAGCCACAUACCUACAUACAGCAACAGCUCUCUUAUUGUCAUAAAUCCGGUGCAUGUCACAUUAAACGCUAUGAAGAGCCACUUAUGGACCUCACAAUAGGAGAUACAAGCCUAUGUUCAGCUUAUACCUCUGCUCAAAUUACAAUGGUUUCAGGGAGAAAUGAGAGAUAAAUGGAAGAUAUUAUAUUUAUGUUUAUUAUCUUGUCCAGACAUUAACUUACCGGAUUAUGGGAGUAGAUAAUGACCCAUUGGUGAUGUAAAGCAUGGGAUGUUGUUGAUAUUUAUAACACAUUUCUAUGAAGUUUAAUUAAUGUAAAUAGCUUGUGCCGAUGCUUUUAUCGGGGAGUGAGUACUUUGCUGUCAGGAGUACCAAAAUAAAAGGAAGCAGGCGACAACCAAGUGCAUUUUGAGCACUUGUUUAAAAAAAGAAAAAGGAAUAAAGCGGUAAAACGUGAAAAGCUAUGCUUAAAGGAAUGUCCUUGGUUCAGUCAAGGCCAUCAUCUGGCUUUGUUGUCCUGGGUCAUUUGCAUCUUUAAAGUACUAAGUGUAUGUGGGUUCAAUACACCAUUUAAAUCAUAAGGUCUAUGACCACUUUUUUUUUUUUUUUUAAAUACACACUGACUAUAGUCACAAGACUGAAUAUUAUACAUAGUAACAUGAGACCUGAGUAGGCUGAGUCAGAGUCAAAACCAAGACCAGAAGAGGAGUUAACAGUCAAGACCGAGUCCAAAUGCUCCUGAGUCCAUGACAAGAGCAAGACUAUGAAAAUAUGGUUUUGAACUCAGACUUGAGACAUUCCGGUCUGGUCUUGAGUACCACAAAAGUGCAAACUUUGUAAAGUUAUUUCCAAGUUUUCAUCUAAAUAAACCCCUAAACCCAGUUUUCGCACACUACAAAAGCAGCAUAGAAAAGUCAUCUGGCUGCUAAAAUGACGAUUUAGACAACUUCACAGUUCAAUUAAGACAUUUCAGAAUGGAAUAACAAGUGUAAGUGCUUUGGUGAAAAUAUAAGCUGCAUAUUCCUAUACAUUUAGACCCUCCAUAAUGUUUCGACCCAUAGACCUCUAUUGUAGAGUAAGUGGCAAGAAUAUAUUAUUGUCAGUGGUAAUUGCUAUAUAUGUGCCAUAUGCAUCUUGUUCAGUCACGUGACUUUUCACCUCAUCCACCAUGCCCAUCAGUGGGGCAAAGUAACAGCUGAACCUGAACAUUCCUUUGAAACCAAUUUAUACUGAUUGUGUGGGUGACACCUGCCAAAACUGCCGUCUGUCCAAGAAAAUCUAUCUUGCUGAAUCAACUUUUUUUACAGUGUAAUUUUAAAAAUUACAAUUUCUUUGUAUUAAAGUAUAUUUAAAAGUUUAUGUCAAUAUAGAUAAUAGAAUCAUUGGUCACAUACUGAAUAUGAAAGAAAGUGCACUCAUAAAAGUUUGCUGAGAAUGGAAUGACGCUGACAUGAGAACUUGAGAGUGCACUGUAUGUGUAUGAUAAUAAAGCAACUGUACAGUAAUGGAGAAUUCAUGUGUAAAGAUAAAUAUGGAUAUGACCCAAGGAAUCGUUUGAGGAGGGAUGUGUACUACAAAGAUGGUUGAAAAAUUCACUUAGGCAGGAAUUACUCUGUGGAUCAAGUUUACUUCCUCAGCCAAUAUCACUAAUGACCUGAAAUAUCCAGAUCAGACAUGUAGUUUUCCCUACUUUUCCCAAUUUCUCACAGUCUUAAAUAUUCAUUAGGCUGAGAAAGUUAACCUCAAGCUUUGCCUCAUUCACACAAAUCUGCCAAAAUUAGUGAAUUUGCUUGGGAAUGUGGUGUGGAAACCAACAAACUACAUCUUCAUAUCAGGGUGCUUCUUCAACUAUGGCCAUUUUUGCCUUGUAAACUUUUAGAAAAUAAACUCUCAUACAUUGUCCCAAUUAACAAGGUCCAACAAUGCAUGUAGUUAAAGAUUUUUUUUUAAUUAUUUAUUUUAUUUUAUUAUUUAUUUAACCAACAAAUGUAAUUUCCAUCACAUCUCAACUGGAAAUUACAUGUUAAACAUUUUUGAAAUAGAACGGUCAACUCAUUUGUCUUGCUAAGGCUAAUUUUAUACCUACCAUUUUAUAUAUCCUGAAUACACACAAUUAAUAGAAGAUUAUUUUCUUACAUAUUUGCAUUAUUGCUCCAAACGCACAAAAAUUUCUGUUCACAAGAACUUCACGAGUUUUUGGUCAUGUUGGUUAAUAUAAUAAUUUUUGCGCAAUAAAUAACUAAAUAGUUUGUUCUUUUCUUUUUUUGUUUAGAUCAUCAAAGGACUUGUAAUUUAUUAAUUAAAAAGAUAUUAUAAAUCUGUGUGUGGCACUCUGGCACAAAAGUAUAAAACAAACUAUGUAUAAAUGGAAUUGUAAAAGUACCAAAAAUAAAUGAAGACAUGGGAAAUUAGUUUUAAUGUGACCUAACAAAAAAGUUAACAUAAAAAUGGCCAAAGUUGAAGAAACAUCCAUCAACAGAAAGCACAGAUGAUUUCCAUUGGAUUUUUCCAAAAACAAGUAAAGAGUAAUCCCAUCUUUUUAUGAUGCUUUUGAUAAUGCACAAAAUGAAAUGGUCUUGAGGUGUUUGUUAUAUAGGCGUAUGCUUAAUAUGACUGCCUGUGAGUGUGACCAUCAUCAGAAAAUGUGUUGUAGUCCCAAUAACAUCUGCGUACCAAGCGUUCAAGGAUUUAUUUUUAUAUAUACAGCAUAUUGCCUAUGUGGAUGUACAUUAGUCUAAGCAAAAAGACAAGCUGUUUCCCAGACGCAUCUUUCCAUUGAUCCGCAGACACAGGACACACACAUGAACACAGCCCUGGUGUUGUGUGACAUCUUCGUCAUCUGUGACGAAAACUAAUGUGUGGGUGCGUGAGUCUUUGGUACUGUUCCGCUGUAUGUGAUCUUGAGCUAUCAUUUCCUCUUACUAAUGUGAUAUUUUGUAUGUCUUUGUGGUUUGUAUAUCAAAUACAUUGUAUAUGACAUUCUUUUCUUACUACUUAGUGUAGAAGAAAAACUGUCUUUCCCUUUUAAUAAACAAUGAAACUGUGAA